CCGUUGAGAUAUUGAUCAAACUACGAUUGGGAUCACUGCUGCUGUGAUAUUCGAAGUUUGUCUAUUCAUUUGAUUGAUCGAUUGUUCUUACUCCUACUUUGGUUCCAUACACUUGCCCAAAAUGCCUGGGUUGGAGCCUGCAUUGCGACCUAGGCGCGUCUCUUUCGAGACGAACAACCGUCCCGAUGAAUGGCGUAUCGAACAGGGUAUGCAAGGCGCCAAGUUGCCAAUUAUUGACCAAACCGGACCAAAGCCGGUUUUCAUACACCCUGUCGAUCCUUCGGCCAUUGCCAAAGAUCAAGCGGCCAUCGACGCCGUUGGAGACCGUGACAAGCUGUUCGCUCGUGAACUAGAUGGCUGGAAGGGGUUCGUCGAGUGGGAGAAUUACCCAGAGAAAAAGGACGCUGCGCGCAAGAUCCUCAGCUCCCAGACCUUCCCAUCCGUGCCGGAUUACAUGACUGGUCCGAUUCCGGGCACGAAUCCAGUGCUGCUAGGUGACGACUUCACACAGUGGCAUCAGGCUAUCGGCGGUGAGCUCGCUGAUGUUCCUGAAGACUCAUGGCAAACGGUCCUCAAGGAGAAGCACAAGGACAUGUUACAUUUGCUGAAGUUUCCCUACAAUGGCGAACCACCCAAGCGUCUAGUGACUGCAAAGCCCAUCACUCCUAACCCUCUUCACUUUGUGCGCAACCACGGUGGUAUUCCCCUGAUCGAUAAGGACAAGUUCUUCUUCACACUGGAUGGCCUGGUUGCUACUCCCAAAAAGUACACGCUAAACGAUAUUAUGGACGAAUCCCGGUUCCCACAGAUCGUAGAAACAGUCACAAUUCAAUGCUCAGGAACUCGCCGUAUCGAGCAGAUUGGCUUGUACCCCGGUCAAGGAGACGAGGUGCCCCAAGCGCCAUGGGCUGAGGGUGCCAUUGGCACAGCCACGUAUCGUGGCAUUAGUUUGAAGAAGCUUAUUAAGGACUGCGGUGGCCUGAUCAACGGUGCUAAGCACCUUGAACUUUACGGUGCUGAAACAUAUUUUAAGGACUUGGAAGUCAUGAACUACCUGGUUAGCGUGCCGUGGUCUAAGGUCAAGGCCAAUGAAGUUUUGCUCGCCUGGGAGAUGAACGGUGAGGCACUGCCCGCAAUUCAUGGCUUCCCUUUGCGAGUUGUUGUCAUGGGCUACAUCGGGGCUCGUAGCGUCAAGUGGCUCUAUCGUAUCAAGGCAAUCGAAACACCAUCAUUGGCUCCGGUCCAAAGCCGAGAGUACCUGUACUUUAACCAGCAGAUCGGCAAACACAACCAGAGGCCGACUGACGGCAUUCAAAUUCAAGAAAUGCCGGUCAGUUCCGCUAUCAUGUCACCUUGGAAAGGACAUGUCAUUCUGCACAAUGGCAAGAUUCACUGCAAGGGCUGGGCCUAUUCGGGCGGUGGCCGCUGGCCCGAACGUGUUGAACUAUCUGCUGAUGGUGGUUUCUCAUGGUAUGAAGUGCCUCCCGAGAACAUGUCCGAGAAAGGACGCUGGACCUGGCGUACUUGGGAGAUUGACCUGCCCUGCGACGUUGAGGGCUGGAUUGAGAUCGUCUGCCGAUGCUGGGAUAAUGCACUUAACACGCAGCCGUUGACUAUCCGGUCCGCUUGGAAUUGGGGCUUGCACGUCACUCAUUCAGCCCACCGGAUCAGUGUUUAUAGCAUCAACAACACACGGCCACGGACCAAGGAGCGUCUCGCAUUCCUGGAAGAAAAGGGCAUCCCGUUGGCACCAAUUACACGCUAUGAGAUCGUGCACACACAGACUGAUAAGGAAAUUCUGGAGUAUUACGAGAAACAUGGGCCUCGUGAUGCCGAUAACUUUUACACAGGUAUUUCUGAUGACUAAGUUACGUUUAAUAUGAUUGAUAUACGAGAACAAAUUAUUGUUUACUGGUAAGC